AUGAAUUGUUUUAGGGACAAUAAACAAGUUGAAAAGGCUACAAUAACCAAUUUGAAGUUGAUGUUAGAUGACAAUAACCGUCAUGCAAAAGCUUUUAGAAUGAUAAGGGACAUAUUGAAAAAUAAUGCAUUUCAAGAUUUGAAGUUGAGACUAAUAUCUGGUAGAUCCACUAACGGUUGCGUGUAUAACCAUCCUACUGUUCAAAGAGAGACAUAA